CACGAUAGUCCAUGACACAGAGUCGAAUGAGUAUUCUACGCAGAAUGGCAAACAGCAGCAUGAAUAAUGCAUCUAAAAACCAAGAUGCUGAUUUAAUGAGACUUAUACUUAAUGGAAUGGGGAUUGAACACGAUUCGGUUGACGAUUUCCGGAAGAAUGACCUAGGAAGCAUUGAUUUUACUGCUGAUAAUAUACUUUCCCGACUUGAAGGCGUGGCUGAAAAAAUAGAGCAAUCUCAAUUAGAGCAACUUCAAUCGGACUUGGAAACGCUGUUCUCUCCGAGAGGCUCCAAAUCUAGGGCACGGGCAAAAAUAAGAGAGAUAUUUAUAAAAGCCAUUGACAAAUGGAUAAUUAAAAAGAAGAAGAAUGGAAGCGCCAUUUACGACGAGUCAUGGGAAGGCUGCCUGAUUAAGGCACUUUGUAAUUCCGAGGAACACUUUCAUAUUUUCAGCAAUGUUUACGGCGAAGAAACUCUUCCUCCUUUUCAUCAUGCGGCAGCUGAAGGAGAUCAUGAUACUAUCCAAUUCAUGAUUCUCACGCACGAGCAGCAGUCAGAUGGCAGCACAGACGAGAUCUUACGAGGGCUAGCCAUGCAGUACAAAAAUGAAACAGCAUUCGAGCUGGCAACGAAACACAUGCGUUAUAAUGUGGUUCAGCUGUUAUACACAAGUUACCCGACGUUAGUUGACUCAAUCCGAUUAAAAAAAACUUCAUGCAUCGAAAACUUCAUCAAAGCAACUUCAGAUUUAGAGAAACAAGCCGACAAAACAGAAGGAAAGACCACGAAAUUACAAAAGGCCCUCGAAAUAUUCGACAUCAUUAUUUGCAAUACCGAUCCUUCGGAUUGGCUUCCAGACGUUUGGAAGAAAGCAGUUGAAGAAAAAGCAAUGUCAAUUCUUAUACAUCUUAUGAAAGAAAAAGUGAAUUCAUCUUUCAUCACGAAUGACAGAGCCAGUUUUAUCAUUAAAGAAGGAACAUAUGACAUGUGGCAAUUGCUCAGCAAUGAAACGCUUAAAGACCUCUUCACCAAAGAGAAUUGCCGUCUGCUCCACGAUGCAGUAUCAUCUGGAAAGUGUGAAAUUGUUGAAGACAUUCUGCAAAGGUUUCCUCAGCAGAUUGAAGCUUGCAUUGCCAACAAUGAAGGCAAGCUGAUAUACGCAUUGGAGCUGUUGGCCGGGCAUAAACUUUUGUUAGAAGACAUGGAGUCAUACGACAGACUACGAAAUCUUCUCGUACAUGCAAUGAUCAGAAGCGAUCUAGCAAUUCAAACUAUCAAGGAGAUUGGAAACAAUUCUAAAGUGGAGAUACAAUCUAUGACACUUCAUUUUCCGAAUUUCGAUACGACUUCGCAAAGUUUCACCAAGUACAUCAAAUCGCUCAAAGAUCUCCAGUCAGAUUACAUGAAAUUUGAGGCAGUUCUUAAAUACGCCAGUUUUCCUGAUCUGGAGGAAAAGAUUGCUUUCUCACAAGGUUCAAGUGUAAACAUGUUCGGAACAGAUCAUUCAGAGAUCUGUGACGCUGUUCAAUGGCUAAAGGGCCGAAAAGUGACAGAAAUCCUGGAGCUCGUUGUCUCCGAUCGGCUGCACUCGCCGCACAGAGACGAUCAAGUUAUCGAUUGUGUCAAUAAUCUACAUGUUAGGAUUCUCGAUUGGAAAAAGCCAGAUCUGUACCUCCCAGGAUUAGAAACAGAUCAUAUACAACAUUUAACUCUCUACAGCAGCGGCAAUCAGUCAGUCAUUGACCAAUGGUGCAACGAACUUCCUAAGUUUACCAAGCUAGAAGAACUUGAUAUACGUAUCAUUGAGGAUCUCGUCAGAGAAACAAGAGCUAAGAACACCGAAAACUGGCUCAGUAGUCUCAAAGAAAAAAUGGAAUUUCUAGGACUAAAAGCCAAAAUCACUGUAAACAGCUGCCAAUGGUUUUCUCCGAGCGAGAAGAUGGCUGUUUAUCGAAACCUUGGCGAUAUUACUCUUGAUGUUGCUGGAAUCGAAUUGAAAGCAUUUAUUGACAAGUUCAAAGCUUAUUACAGAGAAAAUGAAAAGGAAACGAAUAGGCCCCCAAGGAUGAAAAUUGCCCUGGUCGACAGCGGGGUAGUUGCUGUCAGUAGACAAAGCUCCGAAGACCCCCAACCCGAGAACGAAAUUGACAUUUCACGGAGAAUUGUUGAUGGAGUAUCAUAUAUCAACAAAGACAAUCGGGAAUAUCUUUGGUGGCACGCUUCUGAGCCACAUGGAACCCAGAUGGCAACAAUUAUUUGUGCCAUAAACCCAUGCUGUCACCUCUAUAUUGCCAAGGUAGCCGAGACAAAGACGUCUUCUCUCAGUGUCGCCAAUGUUACCGAGGCUAUUAAAUGGGCAAUACAAAAGAAAGUGGAUAUUAUUUCACUGAGCCUUGUUGUUUAUGCCCAGCUACCAAAGAAUAACGAGCAAUCAAAUCAACCAGAUCAAUCAGAAAAGCUCAUGGAAGCAAUCAAUGAAGCGAAACGCCAGGACAUCAUCAUCAUCUGCAGCACAGCAGACGAAGGGCACAGCGCUGUGCAAGACAUCUUGAACAAGUCGGAUAAUCGGGAAAAAGUCAUUUCUAUUUCAGCGUGCAGCCAACAGGGAAAACCUCUGGAGCAAAGCCAGGAAGAUGGCUUCAUAUACCGAUUCAGCGGUGACAAAAUCCAGCUAGGGACUGUUCCAUUCUUGAAGUCCGAUAAUCAUGUGACCGGCAGCUCUGUGGCGACAGCCAUAGCAGCCGCCACGGCUUCCUUGAUUCUAUCAUGUUGCCACAUUUCGACGAAUUUCAAUACACCAGGGCCUAACACACCAGGGCCUAACACACCAUGGAAGCGCGACACUGUUAUUGAAAGAUUUGGCGAUAUGUCCGAUGAUACCAAGUCUGCAAGGCUUGGUCCCUGGGUUAGACCACAGCAUUUGUGUGGAAGGGACAGGCUGAACGAAAAAUUUGACUUUACAACAUUGAUUAAUGAAGCUUAUUGUCAGGUUAAAAAAGACAAAGAAGCUGCGACGCAACUAGUUAGAACCUAAUUGCCAUAAAAAACGGAUAUAUAAAGAGGGACAAAGCUCCCUUCUUUAUGAAAGAGGGCAGAGAAAAAUAUAGUCUUUUCAUGGUACAUAACUGCAAUCUAUCAGCAGG